AAAGGGCAUAAUAAGGGCAAGGACAAGCGAUUCAACCAAUCACCGCCUGAUCGUGUGUUACGUUCCAUACUCAAACUCGGAUACUGUACCCCGCCGAUACUUGGCAAGCGGUCUGUAUGUGGAGAUGUACAUUAUUGUUGAUUCAUGUUAGACUAUAGAUUUCAGCUAGUUAAAGAUGUCACAACCAACAGUAACGUAUUUCUUUGAAGAUGAUGUUAAUUAUACCGUAUGGACGACACUGGAUCCUUCAGAAGAAGGGCCUUCUUCUAAAAUACAAGCCAUGAAACUUGCGAACCGGGUUAUUUUGACCGCUUUGCUAGCCUUCAUCAUGCUAGCCAUGGGAUGCGUUGUUACAGUGAAUGAUUUUAAAGUAGCGUUAAGGAGGCCUACAGGUGUAGCUAUCGGAUUCGUAUCCCAAUUUGGAAUCAUGCCUCUUGUUGCAUUUUCUCUGGCACAUAUUCUUAAAGUUGAUGCAGCCUAUGCUAUCGGAAUGUUGGUUAUGGGUUGCUGUCCUGGUGGAGUAACUUCACAGUUAUUUACUUUCUGGAGUAACGGUGACGUAUGUUUGAGUAUCUGCAUGACGACGAUAUCGACACUAGCGGCUAUAGGUAUGAUGCCACUGUGUUUAUGGAUUUACAGCAGAAGUUGGACGGAUGAAUCCGCCGUCAUCCCCUAUACCAGUAUCAUCACCUCCCUGGCUCUCAUCCUAGUUCCUGUUGUUAUUGGAAUGCUUAUCCGUCAUUACAAAGAACGGUGGACAAAAAUCAUUACCCUGGUUGGUAGCAUAAUGGGUAUGCUUACUAUUGCAGUCAACAUUAUCCUCAAUGGUUUAAUCAACCCUAAAAUGUUCCUGGCACCCUGGAAUGUUUGGUUCUCAGCAGUAAUAAUGCCAGUGAUUGCGUUUCUCCUCGGUUACAUUGCUGCGUACCUGUUACGUCAGUCACGCAAAAAAUGCCGCACCAUUGCCUUGGAAACCGGUUGCCAGAAUGUAGCCUUGGCGUUAACCAUCAUUGCUAUCUCUUACGCUGACAGUGAUGAUUUUUUCGAAAUCUUGAUUUUUCCGUCCUUGUUUGGCCCAUUUGUUCUUAUUGAUUCGACUAUAUGUGUACUGGUUUUCAGAAUUAUCGAGAAGAGGAUGCAACCUGAGGGUGAUGAUGGCGCGGAAGCUGUUACCAAUCAACCAGCAAACGAUACUUCUUACAACAAGGACGUUAGCUUUAAAGCGUUAAGUCAAGAACCUUGUUAAGAAAAAUCUCCGCGACUAAAAUACAUAGUGUUUUAAUAAUAAGUAGGGUACCCAUUUUGAAACAAACUAACAUAAAUUACACACAUACCGAUGUGUGAUGAGCUGAACAUAAAUAAAGCCAAUUCGUAAUUUGAACUGUGCAUGCCCGUGUCAAGGUCAAUAUAUGUAUCGAAAUUACGGAAGUGGCCUUUUGGGUUUUAAAAAGGUAGAUUUCUUUCUAUAUUCGUUGCACAUUUUUACCCAUUAUUUUGACAAUUCUAAUUAAAGAAUAUUUAGUAGGAAAU